GACGGAUUGAAAACAAAAAAUAAUUGCAAAAAAUAUUUACACUUUUUGUGACAUUUAAUUGAAACUCAUUUUCAAUGAUCUGCUCAUCGCUUGCAUAACACUCGCAAAGUAUAGCCCAUUAUCUGCGGGACAGCGGAAGUGGUGGCCAUCGAAAGUCAUGGAUCAGUCGGUGACACAAAUCCGUGACUUAAAGCACGGCUUGAAAGGCGUAAAUCUGAUCGCAAUUGUCUUGGAAGUAGGUCGUCCCAACAUCACCAAAGAGGACCACGAGAUCAGGACGUGUAAGAUAGCCGACAGAAGCGGUUCCAUCAACAUCUGCGUGUGGGAUGAGCCGGGUCUU